AUGUCGUCCAGCGACGAGAAGUCAUCAGCAAACAUGGCCGCCUCAACCGAAAAAUCUCCAGCCUACGAAGCGGGCGUCAUCAUGCCAGAAAUCGAUAUCGAGUCCCCCGGCGAAUUCCAAGAAGUGAAAGAACUUCGGCAGGGGCUCCAUCAGAGACAUAUCCAGAUGAUCGCACUUGCCGGCACGAUCGGUACAGGACUAUUUUUGAGUUCUGGACGAGCGAUAUCGAGGUCUGGUCCGCUGGGUGCGUUUCUUGGGUAUUUGAUCAUGGGCGGGACUUCGUGUAGUGUUGUGCUUGCUGUUGCGGAGAUGGGAGCGUUGGUUCCGUUGAAUGGUGGGAUUGUGAGAUAUGCGGAGUAUUUUGUUGAUCCGGCGCUGUCGUUUGCGAAUGGUUGGAAUUUGGUGUAUUCGUAUAUUGUUUCGAUUCCUGCUGAGCUCGUGGCAGCUGCAGUUCUCGUCGAGUUCUGGUUGACCAUUAACUCCGCCAUCUGGAUUACAGUCUUCGGCUUGUUGAUGAUCCUCACAUCCAGUCUGUUCAUCCGAGUAUAUGGAGAACUGGAAUUUGGGUUCUCGAUGAUGAAGAUUGCUUUGAUUGUCGGUGUCAACAUUAUGUCGCUCGUUAUUACCUGUGGCGGCGGACCUAAUCAUGAGCCAAUUGGAUUCCAAUACUGGCGUCGCCCUGGCCCCUUUGUUCAAUACCUUGGGAUUACAGGCUCUCUCGGAAGAUUUCUUGGUGUCUGGACUGCGCUCAACAAUGCUCUGUAUGCGUACUCAGGUAUCGAGAAUAUCACGAUGGCUGCUGCGGAGACCAAGUCGCCUCGACGAGCAAUCCCAGAUGCCGCGAAACGAAUCUUCGUUCGCGUAUUGCUGUUCUAUGUUAUCUCGAUUUUCAUGGUUGGCUUGACUGUCCCGUCGGAUGACCCCGAUCUCGCGCGGUACAGCGGAACUGCAACCACUUCGCCUUUUGUCAUUGCUGCGAAACGUGCUGGAAUCAAAGUCGUCCCCUCUAUCAUCAACGCUGUCAUUCUCACUUCCGCCUGGUCUGCCGGCAACUCCCAAAUGCUCGGCGCAACUCGAGUUCUCUAUGGUCUCGCAAUGGACGGUCGAGCUCCCAAGAUUUUCACAAGACUGAAUCGCUUUGCCAUCCCAUAUUUAGCAGUCGCAUUCUUCAGCGUCUUCAUGUGUCUCGGCUUCAUGACCCUUUCUGAGGGCGCCAGUGUUGCCUUCGACUGGCUCCAAGAUCUCGUGUCGAUUUCAACAUUGAUUAAUUGGCUUACGAUUUGUGUGACGUACUUGAGAUUCUACUAUGGGUGCAAGAAGCAAGGGAUUUCUAGAAGUUCUCUGCCUUGGUCUGCACCACUGCAACCUUAUAUUACGUGGGUGUCGGCGACAAUAUUUGUCCUUUUGUUGAUUACCGGAGGGUAUGCGACCUUCAUCCAUGGCCAUUGGAGCAAUGAGACAUUUGUCUCGUCGUAUAUAAAUAUUCCCCUGUUUGCGAUUUUGUAUUUUGGGUACAAGUUUAUCAAGAAGACGAGCAUUAUUGCGUUGGAGGACAUUCCAAUUCAGGGGUUUAUUGAUAUUGCGAAUGCGAAUCCGGAACCAAUCCCGGAAAGGAAGCGUGGGCUGCGGAGAUUCAAUAUUUUGUGGUAG